AUGGGGGCCUCCUGUGAUAAGGCGUCGCUCCUCUCGGGGCUGCUCGUAUUCAUGCUGUGUGUCGCCUCUUCUCACUGCCAGGAGGAAUAUUCUGGAUACCACUCAGGUGAGGAACACACCUAUGAAGAGUCUUCUGCAGUUGACCACUAUGACAACUUAGCUGCUCCUCAGCCAGAAUAUCCACCAGAGCCGACUCAUAGCUAUGAUGUGGACCAGAUAUUCGAGGAGGAGGAUUAUGACACUUAUGGCCCAAUCCCCACCCAAGUCACCAUGAUCACUGAGGACACCUUUCCCUACAUCACCACCACUGAGUCCCACUAUGCCAAAGAGGACACUGAGAUCGUGCAGGUGCCAUAUGAGUACCCUCCUGACACUGGCUCCUCAGAAGAGUCAGGGGGCGAUGCAGAGCUUGGGCAGGUGGGGCCAACAGAGUGUGACUGUGAGCCUGGAGAGCCUGGAUUUGCUGGCUUCGCAGGACCAAAGGGAUCCAGAGGCCUGCAGGGUAAAACUGGUAAACCAGGGUCUCAAGGGAGAGAGGGCUAUAAAGGGACCAAAGGUGUUCAGGGAAGGAGAGGAGAUACUGGACCAGUGGGUGACCCUGGUCCUGAGGGAGAUGAAGGAGCUUCUGGUUUUUCUGGAGCCACGGGAGAACCUGGACUUCCAGGAGAGCCAGGUGAGCCUGGAGAUGUGGGUCUAAAGGGUGACAUGGGAUUGGAGGGACCCCGUGGAGGAGUCGGACCUCCUGGUGAGACUGGUCAUCGUGGUGAUGCUGGGCCUGCUGGAAGAAGAGGGACUAAAGGUAUUGAGGGCGCUCCUGGUGACAAAGGCAAACAAGGUCCUCAGGGAAGAGAUGGACCAAAGGGUCAAACAGGAGCACCUGGGUUUCCAGGUGAUGUUGGCGAGAGGGGCUACACUGGGUAUCCUGGACAGCAAGGGCCAAUCGGAAAGAGCGGUCCAAAGGGGACUAAAGGUUACAGUGGCUUGCCAGGACGAGGUGGUGACCCUGGAGAAGAUGGUCCUAUAGGAGUCCCAGGGUUUAUGGGAGAACCGGGGCCAUUUGGUGCCAAGGGGAGUAAAGGCGAUGGUGGCAUCAGAGGACCUCGAGGCAGAGUGGGUGCUGGGGGAGCCCAGGGAGAACAAGGAGAUGCUGGAAUACCAGGAAAACCAGGAGCAAAGGGCCUCCAAGGCCCAAAAGGGCCCAAAGGUGAGACGGGACCUGAUGGGGAGAAGGGUGCAGCAGGGAAGAAGGGCAUGAAAGGCGAGAAAGGACAGAAGGGAAGCGUAGGAGACCGUGGAGACAGAGGACAGCGUGGACCUAAGGGAGCUGUUGGUCCCAUUGGGGCUCCAGGCCCGGUUGGACCUCCUGGCAUCCCAGGGGUCAGAGGACAACGUGGUCCAGCCGGGGACCCAGGUCUUAAGGGUCGAGCUGGACCUAAAGGAGUUCAAGGUCCAUCUGGUCCUGGGCUUACUGAUGAGCAGGUCUUGCAGCUCUGCAGAGGUGUUGUUACAGCUCAGAUCUCUCAGUAUGCUUCCUCCAUCAGAGCCAAGUGCUCUCAGGGCUGUCCCAUCAACAACCGGACACUCAUUGGGCCCCCAAGAGCUCAAGGACCACCAGGGCCACCAGGCAAAGCUGGUAAAGUAGGAAAACCCGGAGCAAAAGGAGCCAGAGGUGUUCAAGGUGACAGAGGAGUGGAGGGACAAAAGGGAGCCCCCGGCGACAGAGGUCGAAAGGGACCCAAAGGCGUUGUAGGAGAUCUGGGUAUAGGGCUGCCAGGACUUGACGGACCACAGGGACCCAGAGGUUCACCAGGUAACCCGGCAGAACCAAAAGAUGGCAUGGAGGGUCCCCGUGGGCCUCGUGGCUUCCCUGGUCCCGUGGGUCCACCCGGCAUGGUUGGAUUUGCAGGUGUACCGGGAUUUUGCGAGGCACGAGACUGCAGCAUUUAUGCACCAGUGAUGCGCAAAGAGCAGGGUCUGGUGAAAGGGCCAGUGAGUUAAAAAAUCUGAAACUAAACAUCAGAUAUUAUGGUGCUUAUAGGAAUAACUUGGUGUUAACAAUGAAAUAUUUUACAUACAAUAUUGUGACAAUAGUCUGUCAAAAGCUGUGAUAUAAAUGUCAGUGGAUAAAGUGUAAUGUCAUGAUGCACUUCAAGAUUGUGCAGAAAUCUCAUGCCUCUAGUCAACAUCUGAUACCACACAGGGAUUAUAUUUCAUACGUGUUCAAACUCUGCAGCAGUUUUUACUGCUGUGUAUGUUGUGAUUUUAGAAAAUGAUAAAUUAUCCCAAGCUGAUUCCUUAUUUCUUCAUUUUAGUUUUUUAAUUU